AUGUUUACACAGUUUUCUAAGCUAACAUUUAAUUCUUUCAAAUUUACUAAGAACUACAAAUCAGAAGCCAUUGACUCUAGGCUUUAAGCUGAGAGAUUUUUGCAUUCAUCUAAAAUAAUACAAAGCUAUUAAAGGCUGAUAUGCAAUUACUUAUUUCCUAAAAAUUAUAUAUUUUUAAUUUCUUGGAUAUCUCCAAAAUCAAAUUAUAGACUUUUUAUAAAUUCACACUCUGAAAUAGAAUAUCCUAAUAUAUUGAUUGAUUAAUCAUUUAUAUUACAGUUAUAUACGUCUAUGGAUAAAUUAUUUAAUUAUUUCAGGUUUUAAAAAACUUAAAACAACUUAUUAAUUUCAUUUGUUUUUAUUUUCUUGCAGCCUCCUAAACUCAAAGAUAGAGUACUUAAAUGGGAUAAACCCAAUAAAGUUUCAGUUAAUCCAUCAAGGCUUUCUAUAUUUGAUAAGUAGUGA